GCAUGGAAUUGCAUGUUUUUAAUUAAUUGGAAUUAUUUCUAAAAUAAUAUAUUAUUGUUGAUAUUAAUAUUAAGGGGAGGUUAGUAAUGCGAUUGAAGUCGUAUCACAAGGAUGAAACAAAACAUUUAGAGUAUUUCUAUUAAAAUUAUAUUUAUAGGAGUAAAAUCAGGGGAAUUAUGGCCCGAUUUUUAUUUAAGUCUUGAAAAGUAAAAUUCUAGUGAUGUUUAUGGGCAUGUUACAUUGUUUAGUUGGUUUUUCGAUAGAAUUAAGAUAAAUAAAGCUUGCUCAAUAAUGACAUUUUAGAAAUAAUUAAGUUUAUUACAUUAAUAAAUGUGCGAUAAUUAGGAUUCCUUGUAAACUUCUAAGCUAUAUAAUAGUCCUUAUCUUUGCAAUAAAUGGCUUCUCUCUAAAUUUUUAUAAUCAAAGACCAAAUAAUGA